AAGAUUGCGCGAUCGUCAUGUUGCAUGUCAAGCGAACUGAGCGGGCUUUGAUUAAUGUGACGUCAUAGUAGCUACCUUGAUUAGAUAUAGAUAACAAUACGUUCUUCAAUAAGAACCUGUCAAAAUGAUAAGAUAAAUACCAAAAGAGAGAAAAAUAUGUCGAUACUCUAGAAUAAGGCCUUUGAAUGCAACUGCAUGGAUGGCUUACCGGACGUCGUGGUUUUGAAAGUAUUUUCUUUCUUGUCAGUUGCAGACCUCGGCCAAGUUUCUAGAGUUUGCUAUCAAUGGCAGAGAAUUGCUUAUGACCAUUCGCUAUGGAAAGCUGUAAACCUGCGCAGGUUUGCCGGAAGCAUAAACGAGGAAAUACUCACGGCGCUGAUACGAACAAGGUUUUCACCUCAACUCGUCACGCUUAAUCUUGGAGGCUGUCGCAUCUCGCACGAAGUUUUGAUGGAGUUAACCAGAAAAUGCAAGCACCUCAGAUACCUAAUUUUUGGGAGAGGUUCUAAGCUAAGAAGUCCGUUGCUCAAAAGAUCCGUGGUAUAUGAGUUCCCACCCGAGUUAGAACUCCUAGAACUGAGACCAGUUAAGGGGGACUUCACUUUUAUGCGUCGUAUAAGUCGCCAUUUCUGCUCAGUAAAGUAUCUUGGCAUUGGAGUGAUGUCAUCAAAGGGAGCUGUACCACAUAUUUUCACCAAGAUGCAGCAAUUAGUCAUAUUGGAUUGCACAAACUGUGACACAAUUACAGACGAAGUACUGGCAAAAGUCGGACAAUCCUGUCCACUUUUGGAAUCUGUGUGCCUAAAUGGUUGUAAACUUGUGUACGGGACAACAUUUUCCGAGUUCCUAUCCUGUUGUAAACGCCUGAAAACGCUUCUACUGCGGUAUACACCUGUCCGAGACGAGUGUUUCCAGUGCUAUUCCUGGAAGAAUAUACGGCUAGAGGAAAUUGAUAUCUCAGCAUGUGCGCAGCUGACCCAUGUUGGUCUCAUCAGUCUAGUUAGCCGCAUGCACAGUCUGCGUUAUCUUAAUCUGUCGUACUGUGGCGUCGGACGUGCUGUCACAGAUGAAGUUCUUCUUGAGAUGGCUACACAGCGAAGUUGUAUGAACCUGGAGAUGCUGGACGUCAGAUGGAGUCUCACGUUGACCCCAGACGCUUUGUUCACCCUUGCACAAGCCGCGCCCUUCCUGAAAUGCUUAGGUGUGUAUCAGUCAUCCAAUAUCAGUCCAGCAGCCAUGGCAGAGGUCCUUGUCGCAUUACCAAGACUGGAAGUACUGGAGUACGGAGCGUUUGGCAAGGCAGCAUUGUCUGAUACCAUGUUGAUUCCGAACCUGAUCCGCCAUUGCAAGUUGCUGCGGUCUCUUUCACUUAUAAACUUUGCCUCCUUGGACUCCGGUAGUGAUAGCAUAGUGCUGAAUGCGUUAUCCGAAGGAUGUCAGGUACUGAAUAGAAUUAAUCUCUGUGAGCCGGACCCAAGCCUCCUAGCGCUCGUCCACAGGGCGCCUGAGUCAACGAAGUCUAAGAUAACACAGCGAUGGCAAUGUGUUUUGCCGCCACCCGUACACACUUUAGACACAGUAAUCGCCGGCCUACGAUACAGCCAUCCGCCUGAAUAAACUCAAAUAAUAUAUCUGUAAAAACAUAAUUUCGUAUGUUGUAGGCUUAUAUAGUAUACUUUGCUUGAACAAUUAAAUAUGAAUUUUUCUUGUU